AUGGUUGAUAAGAUCAUCUAUGGGAGACAAAAUCGGCUAACUCGCUUAGGCCGUGAGGAUCUUCUCAUCCUUAGACGGGCCACGGCCCAUAAAAAUGAAACCAACAAAAAACAGAUCAUAGAGGAGGAAAACAUAGGCUUAUCUGAAUCAUGUGCAAAAUUUCCCCUUUGCAUUUCCUCCUUUUGCCCUUUACGCAAAGACCAAGAAAAGAGGCCUGGUCUUCCUUUUCAGCUAGAAAAUACAAGUGGACGGACAAGAACUCAGUUGACCCAUGGUCUAGCUAAUUCAUGUUUUCACAACCUUUCACCCAGCAGAAGAACAAAAUUUUCAGAUUCCAUUAUUUGUGCUCCACGGCCACAAAAUACGAACCCCAAGUUAAAAGCUGAUGUUUCAUUUGCUGGGGGCGGUCUCAACUGA